GUAAGAUUGCACGAGCAGGCGGGCUUCUCCCGCUCGGAGAAUCAGGCCCGCCUUGGUGGUCGCCGCGACCCCAGAAUUCGGCAAGUCUGCGCUGGAAUCAGAGCGCGGCUCCGGCAACCCGAUUGGCCGCCCCACACCCCUGCCGCGCCCUCGGACAAGGCCCCGCCCAAUCCCCGCCCCUCCAGCCCUGACCCCGCCCUGUCUGCGGACCGACUCCACGGCGCCGCCCGGCUCGCGCCUCCGCCCCCGAGCUCCCAGGCGGGCGGAGCUGCGGGCGAGGGGCGGGAUGUUUUGGGGGGCGGGGGUCCCGAUGACGGCAUCGGAGCGCGCCGCGCGGAGGCUCGGAGUCUGACUGCACCCCUGGGGGACUGUGCUCCCACCCGAGCAGGACCGGGAGCUGCCCUCCCCCAGCAUGGGGCUGGAGGCCCAGAGGCUGCCGGGGGCCGAGGAGGCCCCAGUGAGGGUGGCCUUGAGGGUCCGGCCGCUGCUGCCCAAGGAGCUGCUGCACGGGCACCAGAGCUGCCUGAGGGUGGAGCCGGGGCACAGCCGCGUCACCCUUGGUCGAGACCGCCACUUUGGCUUCCACGUGGUGCUGGAUGAGGACACGGGGCAGGAGGCCGUGUACCAGGCCUGCGUGCAGCCCCUCCUCGAGGCUUUCUUUGAGGGCUUCAACGCCACGGUCUUUGCCUAUGGUCAGACGGGCUCCGGGAAGACGUACACCAUGGGGGAGGCCAGUGUGGCCUCCCUUCACGAGGACGAGCAGGGCAUCAUCCCACGGGCCAUGGCUGAAGCCUUCAAGCUUAUCGAUGAAAAUGACCUGCUUGACUGUCUGGUGCACGUGUCCUACCUGGAAGUGUAUAAGGAGGAGUUCCGAGAUCUGCUGGAGGUGGGCACCGCCAGCCGUGACAUCCAGCUGCGGGAAGAUGACCGCGGAAAUGUUGUGCUGUGUGGCGUCAAGGAGGUGGACGUGGAGGGCCUGGACGAGGUGCUGAGCCUCCUGGAGAUGGGCAACGCGGCGCGGCACACGGGCGCCACACACCUCAACCGCCUGUCCAGCCGCUCACACACCGUCUUCACGGUGACCCUGGAGCAGCGGGGGCGCGCCCCCAGCCGCCUGCCGCGACCCCCUGCGGGCCAGCUGCUGGUCUCCAAGUUCCACUUCGUGGACCUGGCGGGCUCGGAGCGGGUGCUCAAGACGGGCAGCACGGGCGAGCGGCUCAAGGAGAGCAUCCAGAUCAACAGCAGCCUCCUGGCGCUGGGCAACGUCAUCAGCGCCCUGGGCGACCCCCAGCGCCGCGGCAGCCACAUCCCCUACCGGGACUCCAAGAUCACCCGGAUCCUCAAAGACUCGCUAGGCGGGAACGCCAAGACGGUGAUGAUCGCCUGCGUCAGCCCCUCCUCCUCCGACUUCGACGAGACCCUCAACACCCUCAACUACGCCAGCCGCGCCCAGAACAUCCGCAACCGCGCCACGGUCAACUGGCGGCCCGAGGCCGAGCGCGCGCCCGAGGAGGCGGCGGCCGGCGCGCGCGGCCCCCCGCGCCACCGCUCGGAGACGCGCAUCAUCCACCGCGGACGGCGCGCCCCCGGCCCCGCCGCCGCCCCCGCCGCCGCCGCGGCCGCCGCCCGCCUGGGCGCCGAGUGCGCGCGCUACCGGGCCCGCACCGACGCCGCCUACAGCCUCCUGCGCGAGCUGCAGGCGGAGCCGGGGCUGCCCGGCGCCGCCGCCCGCAAGGUGCGCGACUGGCUGUGCGCCGUCGAGGGGGAGCGCAGCGCCCUGAGCUCCGCCUCCGGGCCCGACAGCGGCAUCGAGAGCGCCUCCGCCGAGGAGCAGGCCACGCAGGGGCCCGGCGGGCCGAAGGUGGCCAAGGGCCAGGAAGAUGGGGCACUGCAGUUGCUCGCCCUGCAGAGCCAGGUGGCCCGGCUGGAGGAGGAGAACCGAGACUUUCUGGCGGCCCUGGAGGACGCCAUGGAGCAGUACAAACUGCAGAGCGACCGGCUUCGGGAGCAGCAGCAGGAAAUGGCGGAGCUUCGGCUGCGGCUAGAGCUGGUGCGGCCUGGCUGGGGGGCCCCAGGGCUCCUACAGGGCCUGUCUGCCGGCUCCUUUGCGCCCCGGCCUCACACAGCCCCCCUCGGCGGCGCCCACAACCACAUGCUGGGCAUGGUGCCCCCCGUCUGCCUUCCUGGAGAUGAAGUUGGCCCUGAGAACUGGGGAGAGCAGGUGACAAAUGGCAGAGAGGCUGGGGCCCAGCUGCUGGCAGAGGCAGACAGCCAGGGGAGCGGCUCUUCAGCUGCCUCGGAGGAGGAGGAGCAGGAGGAGGGGCAGGAGGAGGGGCAGCCGCCCCUGCGGCCCCCGCACCUGCGCAGGAACGGGAUCAACAAGUGGAGCCAGAGGGUGGGGGCCCGCCCAGGAAGUCCAUGUGCCGGGAAGGGCCCAGAGCUUCACCCCGAAGAACCGGGUGCAGCCAUCCCGGGGCCCAGAGUAGCCGGUGGGAGCAAGGCCCUGGCGCGGCCCCGCCGGACCCCAGCUGCCACGGCCUCUGAGCGGCGGCUGGCCCAAGCCCAACAGAAGAUCCGGGAGCUGGCCAUCAACAUCCGCAUGAAGGAGGAGCUCAUUGGCGAGCUGGUCCGCACAGGCAAGGCGGCCCAGGCCCUGAACCGGCGGCACAGCCAGCACAUCCGGGAGCUGGAGCAGGAGGCGGAGCAGGUGCGGGCAGAGCUGAGCGAAAGCCAGAGGCAGCUGCGGGAGCUCGAGGGCAGGGAGCCCCAGGACGCUGGCGAGCGGUCCCGGCUCCAGGAGUUCCGCAAGAGGGUCGCUGUCGCCCAGAGCCAGGUGCAGGUGCUGAAGGAAAAGAAGCAGGCGACCGAGCGGCUGGCGUCGCUGUCGGCCCAGAGCGAGAAGCGGCUGCAGGAGCUCGAGAGGCACGUGCAGCUCAUGCGGCAGCAGCAGGGGCAGCUGCAGAGGCGGCUUCGCGAGGAGACGGAGCAGAAGCGGCGCCUGGAGACCGAGAUGAACAAGCGGCAGCACCGCGUCAAGGAGCUGGAGCGGCGGCACGAGCAGCAGCAAAAGAUCCUGAAGAUCAAGACGGAAGAGAUCGCGGCGUUCCAGAGGAAGCGGCGCAGCGGCAGCAACGGCUCCGUGGUCAGCCUGGAGCAGCAGCAGAUCGAGGAGCAGAAGAAGUGGCUGGACCAGGAGAUGGAAAAGGUCCUGCAGCAGCGGCGGGCACUGGAGGAGCUGGGGGAGGAGCUCCACAAGCGGGAGGCCAUCCUGGCCAAGAAGGAGGCCCUGAUGCAGGAGAAGACGGGGCUGGAGAGCAAGCGCCUGCGGUCCAGUCAGGCCCUCAGCGAGGACAUCGUGCGAGUGUCCAGCCGGCUGGAGCACCUGGAGAAGGAGCUGUCGGAGAAGAGCGGGCAGCUGCGGCAGGGCAGCGCCCAGAGCCAGCAGCGGCUCCGCGGGGAGAUCGACGCCCUGCGCCAGGAGAAGGACUCGCUGCUGAAGCAGCGCCUGGACAUCGACGGCAAGCUGAGGAGGGGCAGCCUGCUGUCGCCCGAGGAGGAGCGGACGCUGUUCCAGCUGGACGAGGCCAUCGAGGCCCUGGAUGCUGCCAUCGAAUACAAGAAUGAGGCCAUCACGUGCCGCCAGCGGGUGCUGCGGGCGUCGGCCUCCUUGCUGUCCCAGUGUGAGAUGAACCUCAUGGCCAAGCUCAGCUACCUCUCGUCCUCGGAGACCAGAGCCCUGCUCUGCAAGUAUUUCGACAAGGUCGUGACGCUCCGAGAGGAGCAGCACCAGCAGCAGAUCGCCUUCUCCGAGCUGGAGAUGCAGCUGGAGGAGCAGCAGAGGCUGGUCUACUGGCUGGAGGUGGCCCUGGAGCGCCAGCGCCUGGAGAUGGACCGCCAGCUGACCCUGCAGCAGAAGGAGCACGAGCAGAACAUGCAGCUUCUCCUCCAGCAGAGCCGAGAUCACCUCGGCGAGGGGCUGGCGGACAGCAGGAGGCAGUAUGAGACCAGGAUCCAAGCGCUGGAGAAGGAGCUGGGCCGCCACCUGUGGGUGAACCAGGAACUGAAACAGAAGCUCAGCAGCCUGAGUGCGGCAGGCCAGAGCAGGGGUGGGGAGAAGAGGGCCCUGUGCCUGGAGAGCAGACCGGCUCCCGGAAACGAAGAGGAGCUGCGCCCCGUGCCCGAGCUUCUCUGGCAGCAGUCCCUCCCUGAGGGGGGCCCCCGCGCCCGGGACGAGGUGCGGGACUUGGUCCGGGCCCCGCUGCCGCUGACGUGGAAGCGCUCCAGCCUGUGCGGUGAGGAGCAGGGCGGCGCCGAGGAGCCCCUGGGGGGGCGGGCGCCCCCCGUGGGUGAGGCGGGCCUGCCCUGGAACACCGGGCCCCUGCCCAAGCCCCGGCGGGACCCGCGCCGGGCCAGCUCAGGCAUGAUCGACGUCCGGAGAAACCCACUGUAGGCUGUGCGCAGAGCCCGCCUUGCAGGGAGGCUGAGCCCGCUCCCGGGCACGGUCAACCCCCUGGCUUCGUGAAAGACGGCCUUUAGCUCUCCCUCCAAAUCCGGGUCCUGAUCUUGACACAGCGGGGAUCAGCGAACCUGGGCCACCAGCCCCAGUGGAUCAGACUCCUUUUUUUCAUCCGUAAAUUCCUGCCCCUCAUUUCUUUGAGCUCCGGUACCGGAUUGCCAUCUUUUGGCUUGAGAGUUCCCAAAAGGCAAUUCUGGUCCCAGACCUGCGUGCGGGUGCCCACAGUGCUGGGGUUCAGCCGGUGCUGGACACACAACAGUGAGUGGCAACCGGGUUGUGUUUUAAAUGGUCUCAUGUAUAUGGUGGGAAGUGGGAAGCUUGGCAUAGUUUUAGACUUUUGUAAAGCCAUUUUAUAAUAAAUGAGACUCUGAAGGGAAGAA